CCAAACGAGAGAAAACUUCCACGAAGCCCUUUGCUCACCGUUUCACACCGUUUCGAGGAUACCUGUCGUUCAAGCUGGAAACGGUGCGCACCGUUUUCAGAUUGAACGUGCCCCAGUCCUAAACUGACAAUCGAAUAGUCGCGCUCUGAUGAGGUAAGAUUGCGUCACACGUGUUCGUACUCACGGCAGCGCCAUUCAAGUAUUAACAACAUGGCUACAGUACAAGUCAGUGAAGCUGAAAAAUUGUAUGUUCUGCAUGGCGUACGGGACGAUUUACGAGUUGAUGGACGGGGAUGCGAGGACUACAGACAUGUGGAGGUCGAGACAGAUGUUGUGUCUAACACAGAUGGUUCCGCAAAGGUUUCUCUGGGGCAUACAAACGUUCUGGUUGGAGUCAAAGCAGAAAUAGGAAAGCCAAAACCCAUGGUGCCAGAUGAAGGAUAUUUGGAGUUCUUUGUUGACUGCUCUGCCAACGCCACUCCAGAGUUUGAGGGUCGAGGUGGCGAGGGUCUUGGUAUAGAGCUGAGCAACACCCUGGUUAAAGUGUUCAGUAACAAGCACUGCUUGGACUUGAAGAGUCUCUGUAUCAGCCCUGGAGAGAACUGCUGGGUUCUGUACGUGGAUGUACUGCUCCUGCAGUGUGAUGGAAACUUGUUUGACGCCAUCUCCAUGGCCAUCAAGGCAGCCCUCUUCAACACAAAGAUACCUAAAGUGCACAUAUGUGAAGAUGAGGACGGAGGAAAAGAGAUUGAACUGUCAGAUGACCCGUACGACUGUGUUCGAGUCAAUGUAGAGAACAUCCCCUGCAUUGUGACCUUAUGCAAGAUAGGCCACCGGCACGUGGUGGACGCCACCCUGCAGGAGAAGGCGUGCUCAGUAGCCAGCCUGCUCAUCUCCGUCACACACACGGGCAUGGUGACCUGCGUCAGGAAGGUGGGGGGAGGCAGCCUGGAUCCAGAGAGCAUAUUCGAGAUGACUGAGACGGGGAAACGGGUGGGCAAAGCCCUUCACGCCCCCCUCAUGGAGCUGCUACAGAAAGAGGAAAGCCUUGGAUCAAAGAGACAGAAAGUUGGCUUCCUAGGGUAAAAUGGUGCCCACCACCCUGUCAGUUUGUACCCAUUUGUUUUGCUUUUUUUGUAAUAAAAUAUGCCCACCUUUUUGAA